AUGAGGCAACCUGUUAAGUUCACAACUGAUGCAAUUAUUGACAAGCUAAGAGUACAAGAUGAUGAUAUCAAGAAGAUCGAAAAGGCUACAAGGGAUCAAUCAAAUUGUAAACAAUGGUUUGUAGAAAGAACCCCUAGAAUUACAGCUUCACAAUGUAAACGAGCUCUCAUGAAAGAGACAACUAGUCCCACCAAAGCUGUGAGUGAAAUCCUUGGCUAUAACAACAAGAUUCAAACUGGACACAUGAGAGAUGGCAUUUGUUCUGAAGGGGAAAUCAUUGAACAAUAUAUGAAAAUAACAAAUAACAAAGUACAAAAAUCUGGCUUUUUUGUGUCAAAAACUCAUCCCUUCCUAGGAGCCUCUCCCGAUGGAUUGAUAGAUGAUGAUGGAUCUAUUGAGGUGAAGAAAAUCCACCCACAUUACAAUGAGACCUUGGAAGCAGCAUUGAAAAGACUACACAUUGUCAAAGAUGUAGAUGGAUGUUUAAUUGUUAAUGAAAACCAUAAAUAUUACUAUCAGAUGCAACAGCAGCUGUUUUGCACUGGUCGAAGAUGGACUGACUUUGUGGCUUCUGAUGGCACUCAUUUGUUUGUUAGAAGAGUGGAUUUUAAUGAGGAUUUCUGGAAUAUUAAUUUACCAAAACUCAAGAAGUUUUUUUAAAACAUACUUUUGUUAGAGUUAGCUUAUCCCAGAGUGAAAUAUGGCAUUGAAAGAAUAGGUAAACUGGGAAUUGAAUUUUCUACUCUUGCUUCAUUGAGACAAAUUUAAAAUUGUAUAAGUUAAGACUGUCACAGUAUCCAUCAGUACAAGGUUUAUAUUCAAAGGUAUGUAUUCA